ACUUAUCAAAACACAGAAGCCGUUAUAAACCGCAGGAUUCUGCAUGAUGCAAUUGUUGUGAAAUACAGUCUUGAGUUUCGUACUGCUACUGAUACUGCAGCCCAAGUACAUGUAUAUGUAGGUGACAUUCAGUAAAAUGUGAGGCCAAGAAACGAAGAUCAACAGUGUAAUCCUCCAUACAACUCGCCGCAGAAAAGGUUGAAAAGAAGCAUUCAAGAUGAUAAACCGCGACGUCACACCAACCCGCCACCACCACCAUUACCGCAAGACGCGUCCCCAGUCCCACACCCCCAUGACCGUGCCCAUGACGCAUCUUGUUUGUCGGAAACGAGGGUCGCGAAAUUACCGGGGGUACCACUCGCAACGGCCGCCGGACCAGCAGCAUGGGGAACCCUGCGGGGACAAGCCCCAGUGGGCAGUUAGUUGUGUUUUCCACCACCCCAACGACCGACAUCAGCAAGUUAUUUUACGUGAAGCGGAACAACGGAACGAAGCGAAAGCGGGUACAUCACGCUCUGAACCCAUCCCCGCCCGUGCAUCUGUACAUAGGCAUCAAUUUUGCGGUGCGACUUCAUCAUAAUUUCCGAUUCCAGCGUCAUGUGACCAACAUCAAUGAGCGAGGUUUCAUCUGGACCCAGUUUGAGUCUUUCCGUCACGUGUCUAUGAUGGACCUGUCCGCGGGUGGCUUCAAGAUCCUAAACAUCCCCAACGCCGGUGGAAACUCCGUAGACUCCGAGGUUCUCAGCUUUGAGCUGCUGCAUCGCUGCUUCGGGGCCCAGCUGCUGAAGACGGAGAUGGAAGUGGCGUAUUACCCAGAGGGCGGGUCCAUUACAGACUACACCUGUCUGAUGUUCGGCACCAGACUAGGCGUGUCCGUCACCCGGGCCAUGAAGUUCAAGGGAGACUUUGAGCCGGAGGACGCCGAGAAGCUGCUGCGUAAGAAGCUGAACGGUAUCGUAAACUCCACUCGGAAUUCUCUGGAAGACUGGCACAAGCAGAUCCUGCACAUCUGGGCCAUGAACCACCACGUAGCCGACCAGAUGGCGCGGGCGUACUCAAGAAUGCCCCGCGAGUUCACGACCAACACGGUAGUCCUGGUCACCACAGUGACCACAGACACGGACCGGACGACCAUAUUCUUUUGAGGCUAUGCUCUCUGUCCGUGAAUAACUAAUAAUAGACGACACUUCAUGACCACUCCAGUGUGAGAGACACGGCAUGCACGCACAGUCGUACUUUAACAUGAUGUAGAAAUGCCAUGGUCCAGUGGUGACUGUGUUCGACUCACGAUGAUGCGUGGGUUUGAACCCUGCCAGGAACAUGGUGUUGGUGCCCUUGGGCAAGACACUUAACUACAAUUGCCUCUCUCCACCCAGGAGUAUGAAUGGGUACCUGUGAGGAUAGAGGACCGAAUGUCGGCUGUUUAAAGCCCGGAUCAUACUUCAUGCGAAUGCGAAGCGAAUUUGAUGUCAUGAAACAUUCGCUGCGAAAUUCGCCUGAGUUUAAAUAUGUUCAACUUUUACGAAUUCGCAGCACGAAUACUUGCCAUGACGUCACAAAUUCGCGUUCGCAUUUGCGCUAAGUAUGAACCGGGCUUAAAGCAUGUUUUGCUGCCCAAUUGUGCGCUUUCCAGGACGUAGUGUCCCUUUAAUUGAUGGAACAUGCUCUAAAUUUCGGGAGAAAAAAAUCAAAACCACAAGACUGAAUCUGCACGUGCAUGUUCCAGUGAUCAAAGACACACUAAAAUUUGGAAGAAAAUAUUAUGAACCGUAAAAUAGGAGAGACAAGUGCAAUGUUAGUUUUAGCAGGAUACUUUGAGGCUGUAUAGUAUAGCGUUGUCUUUCAAAAUAACUGAAAUAUUUUUUAUCAACCCCCCCCCCCCCCACCGUUUUUGUGUUUGCUACCCCAUCCCCUUUUUUUGAAAUGAACUGAAACCUGUUAUUACUUUGGAAAGUUAAUUGCGAGAUAUGUUUUAUAUCAAAAUAUGUCUAUGAAAAAAUUUGAUGACUGUAUAUAUAUUUAUACAUGUAUAGUGUUAAAUUGAAUUUACGAUAUUACAUGCACAUAGUAAUUAUGCAAACAAACA